CUCUGGAUGUUCAAUGAUAGCACUCCUCCAUACUGGAGCAGCAAAGUUUCCCCAAAGCUUACUUCCAAGGGCAAGAGAAGCUGUGUGCUCCCUCCUCCCGGCUGGUGUUCUCAAAGGGUGCAGCUCCAUCGUAAGCAGGAAACUGGCGUCCCACGGCUUUGGAGCUUCCAUGGCAGCAAUGUCAUCCUUCCCUCCACAGAGAUAUCACUACUUCUUAGUGCUGGAUUUUGAGGCUACGUGUGAUAAACCACAGAUUCAUCCUCAGGAAAUCAUCGAAUUCCCUAUCCUGAAGCUGAAUGGCAGGACGAUGGAGAUCGAGUCCACCUUUCACAUGUAUGUUCAGCCUGUGGUGCAUCCCCAGCUUACGCCCUUCUGUACAGAGCUGACUGGGAUUAUUCAAGGCAUGGUGGAUGGGCAACCGAGCCUCCAGCAAGUGCUUGAGAGGGUUGACGAGUGGAUGGCAAAGGAAGGCCUCUUAGAUCCCAGCGUCAAGUCGAUUUUUGUGACCUGUGGAGACUGGGACUUGAAAGUGAUGUUACCAGGACAAUGCCAGUACUUAGGGCUGCCGGUUGCUGAUUACUUCAAACAGUGGAUUAAUCUGAAAAAGGUACUUUUGUGGAAACUGCCAUG